AUGGCCGCCGAGGUGAAGUCUCCCGCCGCAAGCGCUGCUGGAAGCGGCGCUGUUGCCGGAGAACCUGAUCUACCUCAAGCCGUUCCUACCACGACCAAAACCUACCUCGUCACUCUCCCGCAAGAGCUCAUCCUCGAUAUCAUCAAACUCUGCGUACCUCCACGACCGCUCUACAACAGAAUCACAGUGAACAGAACCAUCACUAUUUCACAGCUUUCUCUUGUGGACAAGAGCCUCCGCGAGAUGUGCGUUCCGAUACUCUUCAGGACCUUGAAGCUGAGCACCGACCAUGUCGAACUUCUUGGCCAUAUUCAAGUUCUCGAGAACAGCCGCGUUCUCGAAAUCGUCCAACAUCUGAAAAUAACUUCAACCGCCUUGCGCGAUGCUACUCCUCAAUGGGAACGAGACACACCUUCCCGUCUAGCAGGGCUUCUAGGCCGCAUGCCGAAUCUCAAAGAUCUGAGCCUGUGCCUGCAAUCGGGAGAGAAGUCAUUGGCGACCGCCGUUCAAGACGAGCUCGUGAAGCAAUGUAUCACCAUUCGAACCGUCAAGAGAUUCAACUACGACAUAUCGUUUUCAAACCCAGACCCAUCACCUUCGGUCAGCUUCAUUGCGUCAGUUUUCGUGGGACUGCGGGCCCUUCAUCUUGAUCUCAGGGCUGUUACUUCUCUGAAGACUGUGGCUGGCUUGUCGACCAUCGCGCGUCGCCUGAAGCUACGCAAGCUCAGCCUCCACAACUAUCUCUGGACAUCCCAGGCUAUCAAAGACAUCUACAAGCUCUUCCCGAAGAUUACAAGCCUGAUUGUUGGAGGAGAAGUAUUUGAUGUUGCGAUUUCGGAGCUGAUCCCGACUUUCAAGAAGUUUCGAAAUCUUAGGUCUUUGGCAGUCACUGACCUCGUUUCCAUUGAUGACGAGGAUCUGGGUGAGUACUUGUGGGCAGUGCGAGCUGAGUGCGAAUGCGAAGACUGUUUUACGAACGAUGACAUGGAUCUUGUCUGGGAUGAGGGCCAAGAAGGGGCCUGUGAUUGCGAAGAUUGUUCCUUCACUGGAGGGCAUUACGGCGAAGCCCUUGAUUUGGCCCGAGAGCACCAUCCUUUGGCCGAGGACCAGAAAGAGAACGUGAGGGACAUCUUUAGGGAAUGCCCGGAUCUCGAAGUCUUGUACUUCCAGACCACAUGGGCCCAAGCCACUCGCUACAAGCCUGUGAGAGAUGACUCUGGUCUAUUCGUCCGAUUCCGGCACAAGGAGCUUGUAGACUGGCCUGGAAUUUCCAAAGAGCUUAGUGCAGCGUAA